UUGUAUGACUGUGCCUGCGAUUUCCGUCUUUUCUUCCUACGCUCCAAAUUUGCAGAAGAGAUGGAGCACCGAGCGGGAGCCAUUCUCAUGCAUGGCACAGACGCGAGCAACGAGACGUUCCACCUCGAACUGUUGCCGUGGUAUGAGUGCCACAGGACAGGCCUGCAGAUGCUCCGAAGCGCCUCCUUUCCCUUCGAGCAGGACGGGUUCCUGUUCUGGAACAAAGAGGGAUACGUCCAGGCGGGGCUGACUCCGCUCAUUCUCCUCUGGAAGGACGCACACUCCUCUCACUCGCUCUACCGGGACUCCCUGCUGCCACGAUGGAGCGCCGUCCUGUCCGUGCGGCUGUGCGAGGACCCUGGGGAGGGAAAGACACAGGACUACCUCUUGCUCACUCUAGAGGGGUUGGCUGUGGGAAGUGUAACCCGCGAUGAGU